AACAAGUAAAAGUGGUUCUAACAGAAAUAACAACGAAUUAUCAUAUACCAGCAAAACACUCGGCCUUAGAGCAGCUAUAAAAGCACCUUCGAGAAAAGGGCAGACGCUCGUUUCCUCUCGUCACCUCGUAAGAAGCUGCGACUGGGAGAUACUCAUAAGGAACAAGACUCAAGUCAUGCGCACUAAGUGGCUUCUCGCGCUACUUCUGGUGGCCAUCAUCAUCGUUGAUCACGUGACCGAUGCCAAACCCUGGUUUUCGAGACGGCGUCGCCGCCGCCGAAGAUCGUCUCAGUGCAUACCACCGUCCACCGCAGGGGGUCACUGGCUCAACUACUUCGACAAAAACGUUUUCUUCUCCUGUCCGUAUGGGCAGUCUGUGAGCAACAUCCAAGGACUGUACAGUGCUUGUCACAGGGACCGCGUGUGGAAGUACCAGUGCACGAAUAAUCCCGCAACCAGGGGGCGAUGCAGCUGGUCACACUGGGUGAACGACUUCGACCAGCUUAUCAACUACCACUGCCCCUACAGCGGAUUCAUCACAGGCGUCGAGAGUUACCAUAGCAACCAUCACGAGGACAGGAGGUUUCGGUUCAAGUGCUGUAACAGCCAUAACUACAAGCGAAUUCACUGCACCACCACUCACUACAAGAACAGCUGGCGUGCACGCAUCAACUACAGCGUACCGAAUGGGUUCUACCUCAGUGGCAUGACCAGCGAACACAGCAACCAACAGGAAGAUCGCCGAUGGCAGUACGAAUACUGCAGGACAAAGAAACUGUAUCACGGCUAAUGUUGACAGUGCUGAAUUAUACACACCAAGUCCCAAGGAAAUGAUUUAUAGUUAAUAGAACGUAAUUUUAAAUUCUCUUACUAGAGUAAGACUAAAUGGCAUUAUAGCGUAAUACUCAACUUAGACAAUCCAUAUUAAAAAGAAUCCGUUGCAACAUUAAACUUCUCUGUUUGCCUGUAGUCUACUUCCCCUGUAUUCUAGUUUGCCUGUAGUUUAGUUCUUGAAAUAAAGAUAAAUCAAAAUGGUA